CACAACUCUCAGUUUAAUUUGUUCCUUCCAAAUUGGAAGUCUAAUCGAAUCAUCGGCAAUUUUACAAUAAUUUAAAAAUGAGUAACGACCCAAAUAUUAUUUGUGGUGGAGAUUUUGAGGAGACACUCGAUUAUCCAACAGUUGGUGCAUUACUUUACGACAAUUUUAAGGAUGGAGGAGACAAGGUUUCAUUAAUUGACGCAAUUAAGAAACAAGAAUGGACAUUCAAUGAACUUUUAAAACAAAGUGUAAAGAUAGCAGAAUCACUUUACGGUGCUGGAAUACGUCAAAAUGACGUCAUUUCAGUUUUAUCGGAGAAUCGCCUGGAAUAUGCAGCAGUUGCAUACGGAACUAUUUUCCUGAGUGCCAUUUGUGCACCUACAAAUUUUCUUUAUACUGAACGUGAGCUUGAACACACUUUGAACAUCGCAAAGCCAAAAUUCGUGUUUAUAUCAUCAAGCACCAAAAAACUUUUUUCAAAGAUUAAAGAGUUUAGCUUCGUAAAGCGGAUCAUCCAAUUUGAUGAAGACAAUGUUGAUGAUGAGAAGCUGAUUUCUUAUAAGACAUUUUUACAUAAAUAUGGAAACAACAAAUUCAAUGUAGAAUCCUUUGUGAGGAAGCCUGUCAAGCUGUUCGAUCAAGGAGCUAUGAUUUUUAUGUCUAGUGGAACAACAGGACUUCCAAAAGGUGUUGAGCUGAGUCAAGGUAAUUUGGUUGCUUAUAUUGCGGGUAACCUUGAAAGAAUUCCUUCAGUGAAAGAAACAUAUGGCAAUGUUACGUCCUUAUACGCUGCACCUUGGUUUCAUGUGAUGGGAUUUGUAGGAAAACUUUUAUUUACUUCAUCACGAGAAUUCUGUCAUGUAUUUUUUGCAAAGUUCGUACCGAAAUUGUAUCUUGAGUGUAUUCAGAAUUAUAAAAUAAUGACAAUAACUGUCCCUCCUCCGAUUAUUCACUUCCUGUGUGAAACACCAUUACUAAGCAAUUAUGACUUGUCAAGCUUACAAGUCAUAGUUUCUGGUGCUGCUCCAUUAGCAAAAGAGCUUGAAGAACAAGUUAAAAAGAGAUUCAAUGACGAAAUUUUAGUUUGUCAGGUUUAUGGACAAACAGAAGCAACACUUGUUGUUAAUCCAGAUUUCAGUCCUUUGAGUCCUGGCAAUGUUGGUUUCUUAAGUAAAGGAACUUAUGCUAAGACUAUUGACUUAAAUGGAAACUGUUUAGGUUCAAAUAAAGUGGACUUAAGGAACUGAUCAAAUACAAAGGAUAUCAAGUUCCACCAGCUGAGCUAGAAGGAAUUUUACUGUCACAUCCAAAGAUUAGAGAUGCUGGUGUCAUUGGAAUUCCAGACGAGGUUGCUGGUGAGCUUCCAUUCGCUUUUAUUGUGAAGGAAGAAGGCAGUGAUCUAACAGAGCAAGAAGUUAAAGAUUUUGUCACAAAAACAGCAAGUAACCCUAAAUGGCUUCGAGGUGGAGUCAAAUUUAUUGAUGAGAUCCCAAAGAGCAUUACUGGGAAGAUUCUAAGAAUGGAAUUGAAGGAAUACUUUAAAAAUAUGUCAGCAAAAUUGUAAAACAAAUUUAAAAGGAAGCCUGGCUGUGUUUUUGAUGCGCUCAGAGAAAAUGAUAAGAUUAUCAAAAUUUGAGAAAAAUUCAAUUAUUGUAAAAAUCUAGAAAUGAUUAUGGUUAAGGUGUAUUUGUGCUGUUUAUAAUUAAUACAAAGCUAAUCUUGUUAUAUAUUCAGAUUAAAUUUUUGGUUAAUUAAUUUGAUAAGAAUCUAAAGCUAGCGAUAUCUUAUCAAUUUCCCAAAUUCGACAGGGAUCGAUAGACAACAAUUUAUCCUAGGUUGGGGAUUCAUGCUUAGUUAUAAGGAUUUGUAAAUGAUGAUAAUCCUGAUAGGUCUGUGUCUUAAGGGCAUUGAUAUGAUGUCGCUGAUAGGUCAGAGUAUUGCUUCUUUUCAUACACACUUCAAAAUUUCUAUGGUUCUAAAAGUUCUCAUGCUCAAAGAAAGCAAAGAGAAAGCAGAACAUAUUCUCAUUCUCUCAUUCUGCUAAUCAGUCAACUUGUUUAUGCUUAAAAAUUUAAAGUAAUCUCAGAUGUGUUUAAGUCUAUAAACAAUCAGGAAGUUCAUUAAGAAAAACACAGUUAUGGAACGCGAUCCAAAUGUAGUUUUUAUGGGCGAAUUAGAAGAUUCAUUAGAUUAUGCCACAUUUGGGGAUCUGUUAGUGAAAAGUCUAAAAUCAGGUGUGAACAAAACUUCAUUGAUUAACGGAUUAACAGAUCAAAGAUGGACAUUCAAUGAUGUUUUGAUGGAAAGUACUAAAGCUGCGAAAGCACUUUAUGGAUCUGGAAUACGUCAAAAUGAUGUCAUCUCAAUUUUAUCUGAUAAUCGCAUUGAAUUUGCAGCAAUAUCAUAUGGAACUUUAUUUUUAAAUGCCACAAUAGCACCGAUAAAUAUAGCAUACACAGAACGGGAGCUAAAGCAUGCAUUGGACAUUUCAAGACCGAAAUAUGUGUUCAUUUCUGAAGCAGCCAAAGAAAGUCUUAAGGUUAUCAAAAGUCUCAGCUAUGUUGAGCUCAUCAUAUUAAUAGAUGGUGGAGUUGAAGAUAGUCGACAAAUUACUUUGAGAAACUUCAUUGCUAAAUAUGGAAAUAACAAUUUGAACGUUGAGAAGAUAGUGCAACAGCCUUUAAAAAUAUUCGAUCAAACUGCUGUGAUUUUUAUGUCAAGUGGAACUACUGGAUUACCAAAAGGAGUUGAGCUCUCUCAAGGCAACCUAAUAGCAUGUGCUGUUGAAAACUUCAGAAGAGUGAGGAUAAAUCAACAACUUUUUGGCGAACUUGAUACACUAUCUGUUGUGCCUUGGUUUCAUGCUAUGGGAUUUAUGGGAAAAAUUUGGUGUACAACAUCCAGUUUAGCAACCUAUGUCUUCCUAAACAAAUUCGAACCGGAUGUCUAUCUUGAAUGCAUUCAGAAAUACAAUAUUGUAUCCUUGUUGAUUCCACCGCCAAUUAUUGUAUUCCUGGCUAAAUCUCCAUUAUUUUAUAAGUAUGACUUGUCAAGUCUUCGGUACAUAAUAUGUGGUGCAGCUCCUUUAUCAAAAGAAUUAGAAGAUCAGGUAAAAGCAAGAUUUGGUAAUAAUCUCAAGGUGAUGCAAGGUUAUGGUCAAACUGAGGCUACACUUGCUGUUGUUCUUUGUGAAAUAGCAUCAUCAAAACCAGGCUCAGUUGGUGAAGUAGUUAAAGGAACGUAUGGGAAAGUUAUUGAUGAUAAUGGAAACAGCGCAAGUCCUUACAAGGUCGGUGAAUUAUGUUUUAAAGGACCGUCAGUAAUGCGAGGUUAUCGAAACAAUCCAGAAGCAACUGCGAUCACAAUUGAUACGAAUGGUUGGCUUCAUUCUGGUGAUUUAGGAUAUUAUGAUGUGGAUUAUCAAUUUUUCAUUGUUGACAGACUUAAGGAACUGAUCAAAUAUAAAGGAUAUCAGGUUCCUCCAGCUGAACUAGAAGGAAUUUUACUCUCACAUCCAAAGAUUGGAGAUGCUGGAGUCAUUGGAAUUCCAGAUGAGCUUGCCGGUGAGCUACCAUUCGCUUUUGUUGUAAAGGAAGAGGACAUUGAAAUAACAGAACAGGAAGUAAAAGAUUACGUCGCUAAAAAUGUCAGCAAUCCAAAAUGGCUGCGAGGUGGUGUGAAAUUUGUUCACGAAAUUCCUAAAAAUCCAAGCGGAAAAAUUCUUAGACGAGAAAUGAGAGAAAUUUAUAAGAAUAUGAAAGCUAAGUUGUAGAGUUCGUUUAUAAUCAAAUUAAUAAAAUUUAUAUUAUUGUUUUUUAAAAAUCUUCAAAGUAUUGGUCACAACUUCAUGAUUGUAAAGUUAAUUUUUUC